UAGAAUUACAGCUGCUAUCAGCUGGAAAUUUCUGCAGACUGUAAAGAUGAGAACAAGUGCGAUGAUUAGUGAAAGAGGUUUCUCUUCCGCUCUGUCAAUCUCUAUACGAAUGAAUCGGUGGUAAAAGCGCUCAAAUUUUCUUAGUAAAUACGUAAAAUGUGCAAUACGUUCGUAAAUGUGGAUCUCAAUAUCGAGGGAUCAAAGUCAUCGUCGUGUCUGCGUGUUCAAGUGAACAAACUGACAUCUCGAGCAAUGGGCUGAAUGAGAAGUACAACCAGAAGACGAAUCGCAAUAGUUUUCUAACCUACGUAUCAUACAAACAUCGUAAUAACGUGCGAACUGUGAAUGCGUGCCAUAUUACAUAAAGAAAUGUAUCGCCUCAACCUUCAAACCUGCUAGCUUUCAAGGUACAAUGAGUCUGCAGGGAAAUUUCGAAUUUCUAAUAUUUCCAUCCGUAGCAGCUAUCUCAAAUUCUUCCUCGCCUGGGGCAUCCAAAGAUUCGGAGAAAGACGUCAAUGCCACGGCCCAGGAAAAAAUACCACUCUCGUCGAUAAUGAAAAUAACGUCCCACGAUGCCAGGGAGUUUGCCUGUGGUUGGGGAGCGGCGGUGAUCAAUGUCACAGUCACUUAUCCUAUUAACAAGAUAAUAUUUCGUCAGAUUUUGGAAGGUGUGCCAGCAGGAGCGGCGGCCAAGCAGUUAUCCGAGGAAGGAGUCCGCCUUUUAUACCGAGGUAUCCUGCCGCCGUUAUGUCAGAAGACGCUCUCGCUAAGCAUAAUGUUCGGGGUGUACGAAGGGAGCCGGAAGCGGAUAUACCUGCUGACAAAGAACGCGGGCCUUUCGAAGUUCCUCGCGGCGAACAUCGCGGGAACCGCCGAGGCGAUCCUGAUGCCACUUGAGCGGGUUCAGACGCUGCUUCAGGACUGGCGCUACCACGAAAAGUUCAGGAACACCUCGCACGCCUUCAGGCACCUUCUCAGACACCACGGGAUCCCGGAAUGCUAUCGAGGCUUGUUCCCGAUUCUGGUCAGGAACGGUCUGUCGAAUCUGAUGUUCUUCAGCCUGAGGGAUCACUCGAAAACCCUAAUGGCUGGCAGGGACACUCUGUUCACCAAUUUUGUGUGCGGCGCGCUUAUCGGCGGCCUAACCAGCACAGUUUUUUACCCGAUGAACGUCAUCAAGAUUCACAUGCAAACCAAGGUCGGCGGUGAUUUUGAGAAAUUCUGGGGCGUUGUUAAGGAGAUUUACGUAUCGAGAGACAAGAGCAUCGCUCAUUUCUACAAGGGGGUUCAUCUCAAUUACAUGAGGUCGUUCAUCAGCUGGGGUGUAAUAAACGCCGCUUAUGAUUUUUUGAAGAAAAUCAUAUUCGUUUGAAUCCGUUGCUCGUCGGAUUAUUUUAUUAAAACCUAUUUUCGAGGUGUUUAGACAAACAACCAAAAAAAAAAAAAAUCACGAGAAGAAUAACGCAAAUGCUCGAUGGAAUGAUAUCAUUGUUUCGUUAUUAGUCAAUUUCUCACGGUGUUAUUUUUGGUCUCGCAAUUUUUGUUAAAUCUUUUUUUUUUCAAUCUCCAACAUCUGUGGCAUUUACUGUGUACAUAGUGUCAAUAGUGAUGUGAAAAUAAGACAAAAAAGUUACACUUAAUAUGCAUCACUGUAAAAUUUAUGUCGUGUUUAGUUAGCGAAAAAUCUUUAUUUUUAAAAUGUUCAUUUUAAAGAAAAAAUCACCAAACAAAGUAAUGAAAAAAAAAGAAACCCAUUAAAAAUAACUCACAAAUCAAUCAAGAUCUCAGAAAUUCAAACUUGAUCGAUUUAUGGUUACACGAAUUAUGGUUUUUGUAAACUUUCUCCCACUACCUAAUACAAAAAACAACGAAAACAGGAGUUGAAUUGUCGCGUUCUGCUUAACGAAUUCCGUGAUGGGGUUUUCAAUCAGAAACCCUCAAUGAAAGUUACCGAUAUCAAGCCAUAUAAUACGUCGUACCGUUUUAGUGACGGGUGAAGAAAAUAUAGUCGAUCGAUGGGCCGCUGGUUGGCGCAAGUUCUUCUUUGUUUGUACUAGAAUUCAAUUUUUAAAAAUAAUUGUGUAUAUAUACAAUACACGAUACGUACACUAUAAGUAGCAAAGUUUUAUUAAUAUUAUUAUUGUUAUCAAUAAUGUGUGUAUUUGAAUGAAGAUUUAAAACAAACUGCCUUUUAUGUAAUUAUUCACCGUUUAUACAUAAUGAAGUCAUAUUAACGAUCAAAGUAAAUGAAACGUUAAAGAAAUUAUUUAUUUGUAUUAUCACUGAUAUUAUUUAUGUCUCUUGGGUUUUUUUACGCGUUGUAGGUAAAUGGAUAACUCAUCAUUCCUUGUUAUUGUCUUUAGACGAUUGAAAACUUUUAUCGAUUGUUGUUUUAUACGUGAAGAAUCUAAAAAAGAAAAAAAAAAACACCAGCGACAGGCUGAAUUCAAAGAAAUAUACAUUUGAUUUUUACACGAUAUUCGUAGCGCGAUUUAUUAAUUUCUUUCCGUGACCUU